AGCCUGUAGUUCACUGCGCUGGAUCUGUUUUCCUCUGCGCUAUGAGUGUGUGACAAGUAUGCAAAUGUGCAGUUGUGCAGUUUAGAGGGAACAUUGGCCACAGGUAAUAGAAAAAAAUCUAGAAGCUACUGGAGAAUUACGCAGUCAAAUCAUUGAGGGUGACCACAGCAUAACACUUCCUCCUUCCCUCGCAAACCAUCACACCGCCACCAAAAAGGGGGAGGGGGGCGCUGUCGAGCAGCGAAACAAGAUGGCAGCAUAAUAUCGAGGCUACGCUCAACUCCACAUAAAAACAUUUAACUACCUGAAUACAAAUGUAAGAGGGACUUUGAAAAAUGUUUGAAACCACAUCAACGACCAGCGGUAAAAGCUACGGCUGGACUCGUGGGACACAAAAGCCAAAAUCUAAUCAGCAGCACGAAGAAGAGCACGAGGAGGCCUGUGAAAGCGUGCCAGACACGGCGGCUGUGCUAAUGGAGCUAAAAGCCCUCCGCUUGGUUUUUGCUUCCAAGUUCGACACCAUAACCCGCCAAUUGAAAGACAUGAACGACUCUAUCAACGCUUUGGAGCAAAGGAUGGUUGAGGUCAGGAACAACGCAGCCUCCAAUACAACGCGUAUAACUGAAGCCGAGUAGCGUAUAUCAUCUCUGGAAGAUGAUUUAGAGGUGGCUAAAAUGGAACUAGCCACUGCUGCCAAAAGCAUCGGUCUUUUGGAAACCAAGGCGGAAGAUUUAGAGAACCGGGGGCGCCGCAAAAAUAUUCGUCUGUUUGGCCUACGUGAAAAUGCUGAAAUGAAUCGGUCCUUAUUGGAGCUUGUGGAGAACGAGUUACCAACAUAGUUGAAACUAGGCGGUGACAGGAGCUUCAUUCUUGAGCGUGUACACUGGUGCGGCCAAAACCAGGGCAAAGUAGAGCUGUGAUCAUUCGAUUUCUGAAGUUUCAAGACAGAAUUUGUUCUACGCACCGCUAGGCAGCUCAACAUUACCCAUGAAGAAAAGAAGCUCACGUUUGCACCAAAUUUGUCGGUCGAAACCAUGCGCCAACGCAACGAGUUCAACAUGGUGAGAAAGAAGUUUGUGGAGAAAGGGCUUUACCGUGGAUUCCAGAUUUUCCCCUGCAAGUUAAGAAUCCUACAUGAAGGAAGAAUACAGCUGUUUGCCACGCCUAGAGAAGCUGAGAACUUUUAUCAAUCACUUGAAUGUUAUGGUGGUUCCAGAAUACCUUAUAGAGGAUUGGAUGCAGUUGUAACUAUGAUCACAAUGGGGUGGGGGGCAUGGGCCCUCUCUCCCUGUGGCAUCGUGCUGGUUAUCAGCAUACUUUUGUGUCUGUCCCGGCCACCCCCGAUCAAAACUGCAGACUGCGAUCGAAAAGACCAUCCGGUUGUGUCCAACCAAGGCCUGAAGACAUGGAUGUCAGAGUUCUCACACCCAGGAGUAAAGGACUUUUCUCACCUGGUCUUGGACCUGAGCAGAAACCAGCUUAUUGUGGGAGCAAGAAACUACCUAUUCAGCCUUAGUUUGAGCAAUGCCUCCCUCAUACAGGAAACAGAAUGGACACCCGAUGAAGACACAAUGCGCUCUUGCAAGGGCAAGGGGAAGUCAGAGGUAGUUCUUAAAAUGUCACUUCAAAAUGUAGUUAAUGUCACUGGCUCACGUCACGCUUGUAUGCAGGAGGAGUGUCAAAACUAUAUACGGGUUUUAUUGCUUAACGGGAGGACGUUUGUCACGUGUGGGACCAAUGCUUAUACUCGUGUCUGUAUGAUCAGGCAGAUUGGUAACAUCAGUCAAGUGUUGGACACACUAAAUGGUAUUGCGCGCUGCCCCUAUGACCCUGGCCAUAACUCCACCGCCAUGAUAUCAGAGAAGGGUGAGCUGUAUGCUGCCACAGUGAUCGACUUCUCUGGACGUGACCCUGUCAUCUACAGGAGCCUGGGAAACAUGCAUCCACUCCGCACGGCCCAGUACAACUCAAAAUGGCUCAAUGAGCCUCAGUUUGUGUCUGCUUAUGAUAUCGGCCGAUUCGCCUACUUCUUCUUGAGGGAAACUGCUGUUGAAAACGACUGUGAAAAGAUGGUGCUCUCACGAGUGGCACGGGUGUGUAAAAAUGACAUGGGCGGCCGUUUCCUUUUGGAGGAUACCUGGACCACCUUUAUGAAGGCACGAUUAAACUGCUCACGCUCAGGAGAAAUACCCUUUCAUUACAAUGAACUACAGAGCACCUUCUACUUACCAGAGCAGGACUUGAUCUAUGGCAUUUUCACCACUAAUGUGAACAGCAUGUCUGCCACUGCUGUUUGUGCCUUCAACAUGACUGCCAUCACGCAAGCCUUCAAUGGACCUUUCCUCUAUCAGGAGAACCCACGCAUGUCCUGGCUCUCUGCUAAAAAUCCCAUACUCAAUUUUCAGUGUGGCACACUGGAUGAAGGCGGCACUGGUGAGAACCUGACUGAACGCAACCUGCAGGAUGCUCAGCGACUCUUUUUGAUGCACGAUGCGGUGCAGCCGGUGACAGUCAAUCCUCUGCUCACCCAGGACAACGUACGCUUCUUGAAGUUGGUAGUGGACGUCGUGCAGGGCCGUGAUGCCCUUUACCAUGUCAUGUACAUUAGCACCGAAUAUGGCACCAUCUUGAAAACUCUUGGGACAACAAAUACACUUCUUCAUGGCUGUUACUUGGAGGAGCUGAGGAUCCUUCCUGAUGGGCAAACUGGGUCAAUCAAGAGCCUGCAGAUCUUCCACAGAGACAGAUCUCUGUUUGUGGGGCUUGAUGACAGAUUGGUGAAGAUCCCAUUAGAACGAUGCUCCAGCCAUCCAACUGAGCAACGCUGUCUGGAAGCUCGGGACCCAUAUUGUGGUUGGGAUCACAAACAGGAGCGAUGCACAACUAUUGACGACACUGCCGGCAUGAACCAGUGGAUCCAGAACAUCACCCAUUGCCCAGUGAGGAAUCUGAAGCAGGAUGGAGGAUUUGGCCCUUGGGCACCAUGGCAACCCUGUGACCACAAUGACGGCGAGGGUUCCAUCAGCAGCUGCAUCUGUCGGUCCCGCUUCUGUGAUGGGCCUGUGGCCCAAUGCGGUGGGGUCGACUGCAAAGGCCCAACCAUUCAGGUGGCCAACUGCUCCAGGAAUGGUGGUUGGACUCCCUGGUCUUCAUGGGGUCAUUGCAACAGUAGUUGUGGUAUUGGCUUUGAAGUGAGACAGCGGUCCUGCAACAAUCCUUCGCCUCGUCACGGAGGUCGAAUCUGUGUUGGUCAAGGUCAGGAGGAGAGGCUGUGCAACGAAAAAAACCCAUGCCCAUCACCGGUGCUGUGGACUGCAUGGAGGUCAUGGGCGCAAUGCAAUGCUGAAUGUGGAGGAGGGGUACAAGCCAGGAGCAGAACCUGUGAGAAUGGAAACACCUGCCCUGGAUGUGCCAUGGAGUAUAAGACUUGUAACCUGGAGGCCUGCCCUGAGGUACACCGCAAUACCCCGUGGACUUCCUGGAUGCCAGUCAACAUCAGUCAAGAUGGAUCACGCCAAGAGCAGAGAUACAGAUAUAUGUUCCGGGCAUUAUUAAAGGAUGUCCAGCAGCUUCAAUUUGGAAAGAAGAAAAUAGAGACCAGGUUUUGUCCAAAUGAUGGUUCUGGAACCUGCCAGAGUGACUCACUGGUCAAUGACUUGGUAAGUUCGAGUGGCUGGACUGUGUCACAGCCUCAAGCAGAGGGCAGGACCAAUCCAAGUGCGUGUGUUGGAUCUGCGGUGGAUUAUCAAGACUGCAACAUGCAGCCGUGCCCAGUGGCCCGAGCUUGGUCAUGUUGGGCUUCAUGGUCCCAGUGUUCUGUGAGCUGUGGGGGCGGCCACUUUCAACGGACGAGGUCAUGUGACAAUCCAGUUCCUGCCAAUGAGGGUGGGAUCUGUGUUGGUCUCCACACUGAAGAGGCACUUUGUAAUACACACAAUUGUGAAGUCAUUUUGCCUGACCAGGAGGACCAUAACUGUGAAAUCUUCACGUUGUUCCAGCUGGUCGCUGUGGGCAUGGCCAGUUUUUUUGUAGCUGUUCUCUUGUCUGCACUGGCUGUCACCUAUUGUCAUCAUUUGAGCCGGCCCUCCACAGAUUCAGAGGUUAUCCACCCCAGCACGCAUAAUCACCUCACCUACAACAAACAGGACAACGCCAUGCCAAAGAACGAGAAAUACAUUCCCAUGGAAGUCGUGAUGCGACACAAGAACAAUCUCCACAGAAAUGACGACACCAGCCACCACUUCCCUUCCUCUGUUCUUUCCAGCAACAUGUUCACCACCACCUCCUACUACCCUCCCAACCUGAGGAAAUACGACUUUCCUCCAGAAGCAAAGUGCAGGGCAUACAUACACAGCUAACAGCACACCAGCU